AUGCAAUACCAAAAGGUUGGCAACACAGAUAUUGAAGUAUCUCGUGUAAUACUUGGUUGUAGGAAUUCUGGUGGUAUUGGUUCGGUUCCGUCAUUGUCUGGUGAAGGAGAAAAUGAAGAACAGGUACAUGGAAUUUUGAAUGCAGCUGUUCAUCUUGGUAUAACAACAUUUGAUACGGCUGAUGGCUAUGGAGAUGGUAGAAGUGAAACAUAUAUAGGAAAUUGGCUGAGAAAUUAUCAAAAGAAAGAAUAUCAAAAAAAAAUCGAUGGCACACUAGAGUGUCUUGGAAUAAAACAACUGGAUAUGUAUCUUUCACAUGAAAGGAAUGAUGAAACACCACUGGAAGAAACACUUAGUUGUUUUAAUGAAUUACAAAAAAGUGAAAAAGUAUGUGCAUAUGGUGUAUCAAAUAUUAAUUGUAAACAAUUAGAAAAAAGCAUAUCUAUUUGCGAUGAUCUUGAUUUAAGUAGAUAUGAAUGGGUACAAAAUUCAAUGUCAUUAUUAAAUUUACAGAAGCAGAAAAAGCGAUUAUCGAAUAACAGGAGUAAUUAUUGGACCCUGUAA